AUUGGAAUCAGAAUUUGAGGCUCUGAACCAAGUCCACCAUCAAUAAUCAAUAUGAUGAUGAUGAUGAAUAUUAAGGAAUGAAAGGUGGACCCAAAAAUGGCUUUUAUUUUUCUUCUCUAACAAGAAACUUUGCUGGCAAUAGGUCUGGAUGAUGAUAUGCAUCUCAAUAUCUCAUGGUAUGAACUCAUUGAAGGAAAUGGAAAUAUAUCAAUCUUCUUAGGGAAUAUCAAUUACUACAUCUUUAUUCCAUACAUGUGACUUAGCUUUUGAUUCACUCCCCCACUUUAUUUUUAAUUCCCAAUGAAAUCUAUGCACACACAAGAAGACACCAUCUUCAUGUUCAAACUUGUAUGGUCUCUCUUCCUAGUGCACACAGAACAGAAACAUUGGAACAAUGAAGAAACAUUUAUCAGACAUGAGAAUGUUUUUGCUAAGCGCACUAGUACCGGGUUCUAAUAGAAGUUGAUUGAACUGAUCAAGGUAACAAAGUAAUUGACAAUUUUAACUUUCAUGGGUAAGUAGUCAUUUUCACCAUGCAAUUUUUUUGUCUAUGAUCACCAGUCUUUCAUUUUCAAAUCCAGUGACAAAAGAACAAAUCUGAGAAAGGUUAUGGAUUCAAAAGAGGGUCAUGGAUUUCUCAUAAGGGAGUCUCCGGUACCGGGGCGGCGGGUGUGUUCAUUGAAUGAAGCAAAAAUUGUUAAGGAUUAUGAUGUGCCAGAGCUUGUUGUUUUUCUGUAUGAGGAUCAUAAACAGUUUGUGAAGGAUAUUUGCAUUGACAGAGGAGAUUCAACAAAAGGAAAGUGUGUGUUAGGAGAAUGUAGAUUGGAUCAAAACACACCAUGUUUCUCUGGCUUCAAAAGUGAUUCAUCCAAUUCAAGUAGAUCAGAAUUUACACCUACAUGCAUUAAGGAUGUGAAUGUGAACACAACUUAUGAGAGUUCAAGUGAACACCCCACAAAGAGGAAGACGUCAGAGGCACUAGGAGAGAUUUUCCGAGACGAUGAGUUUUCGAGAUCUUUCAGUCUCAAGCAUUGGCAGAUGAAUUCAUUCUCAAGAACAAUUAGCAGCAGAAAGGAGUAUCCACAUUAUGCAGAGUAUCAACAAUUUCCUAAAGCCACAAACUUGUCUACUAUUCCUCCUAUAGGGAACUUACAAACACUAACAAGUUCAGGAAAAAGCUUUGAUCUACAAACAGAUAAUGAUCCAGAUGAAACUUCUUGUGAUACUUCAAAAUCUGAAAUGGCUUCUCAUCAAUCUAAUGACAGCAGCAUAAGCAGUAACUCAUUCACUUUUCCCAUAAUCUCCCCAGAAUGGAAGGGAAGCCCUGUGAAGAUGGUGAAAGCCGAUAGAAGACUGCCGAGAAAGCGUCGAUGGCGGAAGAUAUGCUUCCCCUGCUGCAAAUUCUGAGCACUAACAUUUGCGGCUAACAGAGUAAAUUAUAUCAAAUUGUGUGACAUGCAGAAGAUUUUGAUUUGCCAUGAUAUCAUGGAAUGCAUGUGAUAAUGAUAACAAUUCC